CUUAUGCCUCAUUGCUUUGCUUAACACGAGAUACCAUCGCAUUCAUCAACAUUCGACAAUGCUCGACUUUCUCGUUGAGAUGAAGCAAUUUUAUCUCGAGCUCAUCAAUACGCUUCUGCCGGGAUCGGCAAGCCUCAGCUAUUUCAUUCCCCUCCUUCAUCUGCCGCUCGGCGUUCUUAUGCCACCAUGGAAACUGAGCCAUGGCCAGCUAUGCGCAACGAUCCACCCCCUAAGCAUUGUGGCUACGGUACGUGCAUGGUUUGCCUUAGGUGGAAACGAUUUUAUUUCUACAGAUUGUCUUUACUUGACACUAUUUCUGUACUUCAAAGAUCCGCGGCGGAACUUCAGACGCGUCUAUUGAGAAGGAGCUAUUCUCUGGGUAUCCAUUACCGUUUAGGUACUAGCGUUAUCCUGUGUAAUUGGUAGCGUUCGCCACCACUCAAU